UUCCCACCCCUCCAACUACCUGUGUCGUAUCCACUCUACUAUCCUACCAAAAACCAAAGUAACCACAACAUCCAGUCCAAAGAAAAACAACCACUUCUCCCCACUCGACAAUGUCCCACUCCCCUCUCCCCCUCCCCAGCACAACCCGCACCUACCGCCGCACCGCACCCCCCUACCCCCUCACCAUCGUCCCCUCGACCGAACCCCUGCCCCAAUCCCUGGAUCCUCACUCCCUCCUCCUCCGCAUCCACGCCGUCUCCCUCAACUACAGGGACAUCGCCAUGCUGCAGGAAAACGGGUACCCGGUGCCUGUCCUCGCGGGCGGGAUCCCGGCGUCGGACUGCGCGGCCGAAGUAGUCGCGGUAGGGGAGAAAGUGAGUAAGUUCCAGGUCGGAGAUCGGGUGGCGCCGACGUUUGAUCUGGCGUGUUUGACGGGGGAGGAAAGAGGGUUGGAGAUGCGGGCGUUGGGAGGCGAGGUUGAGGGUGUUUUGAGGGAGUGGGUGGUCCUUGAGGAGGAGGUUUUGGUUAGGUUGCCGGGGGGUGUGAGCUGGGAGGAGGCGUCGACGAUUGCGUGCGCGGGCGUGACGGCGUGGUCUGCGCUCGGGGGAUUGAGGGAUGUGAGGAAGGACGCUGUGGCGUUGCUCCAGGGAACCGGCGGCGUAAGCAUGUUCGCUCUCCUGCUAUGCCUCGCUGCGGGUAUCAAGCCCAUCAUAACCUCCUCCUCGGACGAGAAGCUGCAGAAGUUGAAAGAGCUGGGAGACGACGUCUUGACGAUCAAUUACAAGACGACUCCGGAUGUGGCGGCCGAGGCGUUGCGACUUACGGACGGGCAGGGCGUGGAUUUCGUGGUGAAUAAUGUGGGUCUCAGCUCGUUGCCGGAGGAUAUGAAGAUGUUGAGGAAGUAUGGGAGGAUUGCGCUGAUUGGGUUCUUGGGGGGUCUUGAGGCGCGGUUCGAUGCGAGCGAGUUGAUGACGUUGUUGUUUAAGAGGGCGAGCAUACAGGGAAUCGGCGUCGGUUCUAGGAAGGAUUUCGAGGACUUGAAUCGGUUUCUGGAAGAGAGGAAGGUGGAGUUGGGGAGCAUCGUUGAUAGGGUUUUUGAGUUUGAGGAUGCGCCCGAGGCGUUUGAGUAUUUGGCUUCGGGGAAGCAUAAGGGGAAGGUGGUUGUUAAGGUCUAAGGAAAAAGUAGCAAUUUCCUUCACUGGUCUCUGUGGCUUUUUUAAGGAGGGGAGGUUGGCGUGCAAGAAACACAUCACGGUUUAACGAAAGCUGGCACAUUGACUAUAUAAGGAAAGAUAUAAGUAUUCGUGAGCCCCAAAGCAUGGAGCUCGUUAUUGGAAGUAUUCUAGAAGGGA